GGGGGCCCGUUGCGCAGUUGGCGUGGCGCAUGCGCAGCGCGGCGGCGGCGGGGGGCGCAGCGCAGCCCCGGACAGCUGCCGGGGGUGCCCAGGGCCGGGGGCGGCGGGCACGGCACGGCCCGGGCCCCGCCGCGGCCCCUGCGCCGCGUCCCGCUCUGCCCCGCAUGGAUGGAGCCUCGCAAACCUCCGCUGCCCGCUGCGCUCGCCACCGGGAGGCCUGACAGGUUUCCUUAAAAAAAAACCCAAAACAAACAAACCAAUUCCUGUCUAUACUUCUGUAUUUUAAUUUGAUCUGUGACCUCUUGGAAAGCCAAGGUGACUGAGCGCCCUCAGCGGGAUCCUGGCAUGCUCGGAUGCACAGCAGCUCUUCCCACAGCUUCUCUUCGUCUGCCCCACUGCAAGAAGAUGGCAAAAGCCAACAUCACCAGGGACAUCAUCCACAGGCAGAUCAAGGAGAGGGGAGCGCUGGGCUUCGAGCGCCACUACCACGUCACCGACCCCUUCAUCCGCCGCCUGGGGCUGGAGGCUGAGCUGCAGGGUCACUCUGGGUGUGUCAACUGUCUGGAAUGGAAUGAAAAAGGAGACUUGUUGGCCUCUGGCUCUGAUGACCAGCAUACCAUUGUGUGGGAUCCUCUGCACCACAAGAAACUCCUUUCUAUGCACACAGGACACACUGCAAACAUCUUUUCUGUCAAGUUCUUGCCGCACUCGGGGGAUCGGAUCCUCAUCACGGGAGCUGCAGAUUCCAAGGUGCACGUCCAUGACUUGACUGUCAAGGAGACCGUGCACAUGUUUGGAGAUCACACCAACAGAGUGAAGCGGAUUGCCACGGCUCCCAUGUGGCCAAACACCUUCUGGAGUGCAGCAGAAGAUGGCUUAAUCAGGCAGUACGACCUGCGGGAGAACAGCAAACGUUCCGAGGUCCUGAUAGACCUGACUGAGUACUGUGGGCAGCUGGUGGAGGCCAAGUGCCUGACAGUGAACCCCCAGGACAACAAUUACCUGGCCGUGGGGGCCAGCGGGCCCUUCGUGCGCCUCUACGACAUCCGCAUGAUCCACAACCACAGGAAAAGCAUGAAGCAGAGCCCCUCGGCUGGGGUGCACACGUUCUGUGACCGGCAGAAGCCCCUCCCGGACGGGGCGGCUCAGUACUACGUGGCAGGGCACCUCCCAGUGAAGCUUCCAGACUACAACAACCGGCUGAGGGUCCUGGUGGCCACGUACGUCACCUUCAGCCCCGAUGGCACCGAGCUCCUGGUCAACAUGGGAGGGGAGCAGGUCUAUUUGUUUGAUCUGACAUACAAACAGCGACCAUACACUUUUCUCCUCCCAAAGAAGUGCCACACUUCAGGGGAAGUGCAGAAUGGCAAAACCUCUACCAAUGGAGUGUCCAAUGGGAUCCACCUGCACAGCAACGGCUUCCGCUUGGCCGAGGGACGGGCGCACGUGAGCCCCCAGGUGGAGUUGCCCCCGUACCUGGAGCGGAUCAAGCAGCAAGCCAACGAGGCCUUUGCCUGCCAGCUGUGGACACAGGCCAUCCAGCUGUACAGCAAGGCUGUGCAGAAGGCCCCCAACAAUGCCAUGCUCUAUGGGAACAGAGCUGCUGCCUACAUGAAGCGCAAGUGGGACGGGGACCAUUACGACGCUCUGAGGGACUGCCUGAAGGCCAUAUCCCUAAAUCCAUGCCACCUGAAGGCCCAUUUCCGCCUCGCCCGCUGCCUCUUUGAACUCAAGUACGUGGCAGAAGCACUGGAGUGUCUGGAUGACUUUAAAGGGAAGUUUCCAGAACAAGCACACAGCAGUGCCUGCGAUGCACUAGACAGGGACAUCAAUGCUGCCCUCUUCUCCAAGAGUGAUAACGCUGAAGACAAGAAGGGGGGUGGCCCCAUCCGGCUGCGAGCCACGGGCCGCAAGGACUCCAUCUCUGAGGAUGAGAUGGUGCUGAGGGAGCGCAGCUACGACUACAAAUUCCGGUACUGCGGCCACUGCAACACCACCACAGACAUCAAAGAGGCCAAUUUCUUUGGCAGCAACGCCCAGUACAUCGUCAGCGGCUCGGACGACGGCUCCUUCUUCAUCUGGGAGAAGGAAACCACCAACCUGGUGCGUGUGCUGCAGGGAGACGAGUCCAUUGUGAACUGUCUCCAGCCUCAUCCCAGCUACUGCUUCCUGGCCACCAGCGGCAUCGACCCGGUGGUGCGACUCUGGAACCCCAGGCCGGAGAGCGAGACCCUCAACGGCCGCGUGGUCGUGGACAUGGAAGGUGCUUCCCAAGCCAACCAGCGGCGGAUGAACGCGGACCCGCUGGAGGUGAUGUUGCUGAACAUGGGCUACAGGAUCACAGGACUGACCAGUGGUGGGGCUGGAGGCUCAGACGAUGAAGACAGCUCAGAGGGGCAGGUCCAGUGCCGGCCCAGCUAAAACAGAACUGCCUCUCCUUCCUCUAAACAUUUGGCUGAAAGGGAACCGAGUUUCCUUGGUCCUGAACUUUCUCUGGUGAAUGACUGCACUGUUUCGCACUAUGCACAGGGUAGGACAAGCUGGCAGGGGCAGGAGCGGCCGUCUCUAAACCAUCACCUCCUCCUCCUCCUCCUCUUCCAUGGCAGUGCAGUCUGGGGUUUGCCUUUAGUGGAAUUUAGUCCCAACAGGGGUCUUUGAGUUGUCUGUGAGCAGUGUAACUGGUGAUUAUUUUUCCAGAGCUGCUGUAUGAUCUGGUACAGGGGCUGUUGCCUGCAUUGCAGGGGGGAUGUUAAAUUCCUGAAUAAAAUACAAACCUAGGGCAGGGGUUAUGGAAUGAAUUUACUGCAGUGAUUUUAAAGCUUGACUGUGCUACCAGCCUGUCUAGAGGCCCCCGGCUUACGGUGGUUGGCCAUGAAACACCUGUUUUGUCCCAUAACAUCUUCCUUCUGGCUUCCAUCUCAGACACGUCAGCAGAUGUAGCUGUGCUCUGUUGAGGGCUGGAGGUUGCCUGUCUUGUGCCCCUGUCGUAGCUGAGGGAUCAGUGAAGGCACUGGGUGUGUGCAGCUCCACGGGGCAGAUCGAGCUUGCCCAGUUGUGAUACUGCCUCCUGUGCUCCCUGAGCCCGUGCAGGGAGGUAAAGCAAUGGGCACAGGCUGGAUCAGAGGCCCAGGACUCGUGUAGCUAAAGCUGCUGAGGAAAAGGGCAGGUGACAGCACCUCUCCAUUGCCCAAGGUGUGUAGCUGUGUUCACUUUCUCCUCUCCGUGUCACCUGCGCAGGAGCUGAGGGCGUUGUCACCGUGUGAACAAUACAGCUACAGUCUGGAGUUGUCAGAAGCAGCAUUUUUGUGCAGCCAGCUGCUCUGUCUUGGCCAAGGUGGGCCUUCCCUGCCUCUUUGUUGGUGUAACAUCAGAUGGAUUUGUGGUCCUCUCAGGAACCCUCCUUCCUCUCCCCACUCCCCACGCCCUGGCUGGCUGCGCAGCCAGGGGCACACCUGGAAACACAGCACUGUACUUCCAUUCCUUCCCCCUCCUGUAACACGCAGCCCUGUUUUCCCCUCUUGCAGUUGCCAAACACUAAAUACCCCACAGAUCUUACACAGCUGUGCUACAACCACCUCUGGAGGUUGUUUUUUCUAGGACUAUCAACUAAGACCAAAGAGCCCCUGGAGAUCUGAACCGCUCUGCGCUGUCUCGCGUCUCUUCCUGCCGAAGGUCUGAACAUGUUAGCCUCGGUCCCAGGGGUGUGAGGUGUGUGUCUGGGAGUGUGUGCGCAUGUGUGUGUGCUGUUCUUCCAUGUGCUGCAAUCCCUGGUCUUCCUGUUGCUGCCGUGGAAAGAUGAGAGGCCUCCCUUUCCUCCCCGGCUGCCUCUGGCUGCCAGGCACCGCUGAGCGCAGCUGCGCGGGGCUGCCUGAGCCAGGGCUGCCUCUGCCUUCCAGAACAAUCUGGAGAUGAGGAGCGGGAGAGGGCAGCUGGCAGCAUGUCUGAGGACGCUGUUCCUGCAGAGAGAGCACUGGGGGUGCCCUCGGGCAGACUCCUGCCAUGUCCCGGGGGAGCUGCUGUGACUCCUGCCAUGUCCCAGCCCCUCGCAGGGAGCAGCUGCCCUGCUCUGCCCGGCGGGGGGGGCAGCAUCAGCACAGCUCACCUGGGCCAGGUGUCCCUCAGCUCCUGGGGCAGGCUGGUUGGUUUCCACGCAGUACCUGUGACUGUUGAGUUCACCUGGCUGGGAGCAUGGCCAGGUGCACCCCCGGCAUUUGCUGCUCUUCCAAACCCAGAGGCAGCAGAAAAUUCUCCUCACUUGGGUGGCUUUCUGACAUGGUCUGCCCUUUCCUUUUUUUUUGCUUAAGGCUUCCUACUAGACGUAUUCUCUUCUUUUUUUUUUUUUUUUUUUCUUUCCCUCUUCUCCUCCCACUCAAACUUUUUUUUUCAGCUUUCAGUAGACAACGUCUGCAGACUUUGAUUUUUAAACUGAGAGACUGAGAUGGAAAGCUCUGAAGAGAACAGACCUCUCCCUCCCCAUUCACCUUUUGCUGUGGCAGCUAUUUUUUGGGUUUUUUUUACCCUUGUGAGACAGUGCAGCUCUUUUACCUGCCAGUUGCAGUGUGAAAGCAACCAGAUUCCCUGCCUCUGCAGUCGGUUGCUGUUUUUAAUGGCUGCUUUGGUUAAAAAAAAAAAGAAGAUUAAUAAUAAUAGGAGAGAAGGGGAGAGAAAAAUCUCUCUGCCUUGAGCCCCUUUUCCCCUUGCUGUGGGCAGAUUACCUGCUUGUCGCUUGUUAACGAGGAAUUUGUAUUUAUUGGUGAAGGAAAAAAAACAUGCUGGGGAAGUCAGGAGAAGAUGUUGCUUUAUUGACCUCUGCUGUUUACUUCAACCCCCUCUUUGGGAAAGCUUCUUCCUGCUCUUUCUGGUUAACUCUUUCUAGCCUGGGAUAUGCAGGGAUGCCUCCUUUAUUUUUGUAUUCUAGCAAUGGGCUCUCCGUUAGGAGACUCUAGGAUUCUCUUAGUGUUGCAGUGACCAUUGCUUCUCGCUUUUUUGAGUACUAAAGACGAUCAUCUCAUAAACUUUGCCCCUGCAGUUGUAGAGGUAACACACGAGCCUUACUGCCCUCAUUAGAAGGAGCAGAAAACUUGUUUCUCUGGUCCCUGGAAGAGAAAGGGUUAAGCGAUUAAACAACUCUUUGUUCUA